AUGCGUUCUUCUCUCGUUUUGCUCGCCGGUCUAGCGAGCUCGGCUCUCGCCUACCCUACCGAAACGGUGGCCGUUGAGACCCGUACCCUGGGUCUCCUCGGUGAGCUCCUUGGUGACCUCACUGUCGAUGUGACUGCUAUCCUUGGUGCAGUCCUCGAUGUCCACUCCUCUGUUGAACUUCUUGCUGGUCUGAAUGCUGAAGCUGCUGCCGCUCUCGAGGGUGGUGCUCUCGGCUGCAAGUCCGGUGCUAUCAAACACAAGGCUAAGGCCGCCCUUAAGCUUUGGUUGCUCUUCCACGCCAAGCUUGAUAUCCACCUCAAGAAGUCACUCAUCUCUUGGUGUGAUGGCCACGACGAGCUCGUCCUCUCUGCUGACGUCCUCGCUGCUCUGUCCGUGUACAUCCCCGGAUGUGCCGACAUCGCUGCCAAGGGCCAGCUUUACGUGACAAUUGACGGUAUCUUUGAUGCCGCCAGCCUAGAGUCUGCUCUCGUUCUGAGUGUUGAUGCUCAAGCUUCCCUUCUCGCCUGGAUUGAAGCUAAGCUUGAUCUUGAUUUGGAUGUCAAGGUCGGUCUGCAUGUCUGCGCCGUUGGUGGUGUUGUCGCCAGUCUGUCGGCUGACAUCAAGGCUUCCCUUCUUGCUUGGAUCCACAGCAAGGACUGUGACCUUAGCGCUCACCUCAAGGUUUCGGUCCUCGCCUGGAUCAACGGUCAUGCCGGUGGCGAUCUGAUUGAGAUUGGUGCUCUUGCUGAGACUGCUCUCUCUACCGUCUCCGUUGGUGCUUCCUUGGGUGUACACGUUGAGGAGUCCGGCCUCCUCUCUAUUGGCGCUAAGGCCUCCCUCGCCGCCUUCCUGGGUCUUGAUCUCUCUGUCGAUCUCGCUGCUGAUGUUAAGCUCGCACUCGAGGCAUGCGCCAAGGGUGGGCUCGCCGUUGCCGUGGACCUUGAUAUCCGCACCAAGCUUGCCAUCUGGCUCGCCAGCGUCGACUGCUCUCUCGGCGUUGAGCUCAAGGCCGUCGUCCUUCUUUGGCUGUCCUUCGGUGUUGAGGCUGAUGUCUCAGUCUCGCUGGACCUGGUUGGUGGCCUCCUUGGUGAUGUUACCGGUCUCCUGACCGAGACCCUCCUCCCCGGUCUCAGCGUUGACCUCCGCGGUGCCCUUUCCCUCAUCGGUGCCGGCGGUAGCCUCAUUGACUUGACCCUCGACGCCCGUGCUGAGCUUGCUGCCUUCCUCGGUGGAUGCACUUCCAUUGACAUUGAUAUUAGCAUUCAGAUCAUCAUCCUCCAAUGGUUCACCGGCUGCAGCAUCCCCGGUGCUCCUACUCCCUCUGGCCCUCCCUCGUCUUCCAUUCCUAGCCUCCCCCACCUGCCCGGCACCUCCGUUGUGCCUUCCGGUCCCGGUGUCUCUGUCUCUGUCUCUAUUCCCACCGGCACCUCUGUCCCCAGUGGCCCUGCUCCCUCUGGACUUAUUCCCUCUGGACUUAUUCCCUCUGGACUUAUUCCCUCUGGACUUGCUCCCUCUGGACUUGCUCCCUCUGGACUUGCUCCCUCUGGACUUGCUCCCUCUGGACUUAUUCCCACUGGGCUUUCUCCUACUGGCCUUGCUCCCACUGGACUUAUUCCCACCGGAAUUGCUCCCACUGGACCUGUCCCUAGCGGCCCUGCUGCCACCACCACCUCGCAGACUGUCACCUCCACUGUGAUCCCCAACCCCAACGGCUCCGGCUCUAUCACUGUCACUAUUCCUGUUGUGCCCACCGGUGCUCCCGGGGCUAGUGGUCCCAACGGCUCUGGCCUCACCGUCUCCGUCCCAGGUCUGCCCACCGGCACCUGGCCCGCUGCAUCUGGCCCUGCGCCUACCAGCCCUCCCACUGUCCCAUCCGGUGGUGACUCUGGAUCCGAUAAGAUCACCAUCACCGCGACUGUGACUACCACCGCCACCGUGACUGCCACCGUGACCGCUACUGUCUGUGAUCACGAGUAA